GCCAUGGUGCCCAAUGGCCCUUUCCCCACAGUGGACGUACCUGACCACGCCCACUUCACCAUCGGCUCCGUCAUCCUCGCCAUCGGCAUCACGGGCAUGGUGGGCAACUUUCUGGUCAUAUACGCCUUUAGCAGGAGCCGGAGCCUUCGCACUCCUGCUAACAUGUUCAUCAUUAACCUGGCAAUAACAGACCUGCUGAUGUGUGUCACCCAGACACCCAUCUUCUUCACCACCAGCAUGCACAAGAGGUGGAUCUUUGGAGAGAAAGCGUGUGAGCUGUACGCAUUCUGUGGCGCUCUGUUUGGGAUCUGUUCCAUGAUCACGCUCACAGUGAUCGCAGUUGAUCGGUACUUUGUCAUCACGCGACCUUUGACCUCUAUCGGAGUGCUGUCGCGGAAACGGGCCCUCCUCAUCCUUAUCGCGGCCUGGCUCUACUCUCUGGGCUGGAGUCUGCCUCCCUUCUUUGGCUGGAGUGCUUACGUGCCCGAAGGCCUGAUGACCUCCUGUACUUGGGACUACAUGACCUUCACCCCAUCUGUGAGAGCCUACACAAUGCUACUCUUCAUCUUCGUCUUCUUUCUGCCUCUCUUCAUCAUCAUCUACUGUUAUUACUUCAUCUUCAGGGCCAUUCGAACUACUAACCAUGCUGUGGGGAAGAUAAAUGGCAGCGUGCACAGUUACAGCAGUGGGCGUGACUCAAUGAAGAGUUUUCACCGGAUGCAGAACGAAUGGAAAAUGGCCAAAAUCGCCCUCAUCGUCAUCCUGCUCUACGUCAUCUCCUGGUCUCCAUAUUCAGCUGUGGCUCUCACUGCUUUCUCAGGGUAUGCAGAUAUGCUGACUCCCUAUAUGAAUUCUGUUCCCGCCAUUAUUGCCAAAGCCUCCGCCAUUCACAACCCCAUCAUCUACGCCAUCACCCACCCGAAGUACAGAAUAGCCCUGGCGAAGUACAUCCCGUUCCUGGGGACUCUGCUCUGUGUGCAUCCUCGUGACCUGCGCUCCGCCAGCAGCAGCUUCAUCUCCACACGGCGCUCCACUGUGACCAGUCAGACUUCAGACAACAGCUCCCACCUGAGGAGACAGAGCACCGCCAAGUCCCGCCUCUCCUCCGUCUCAGACAGUGAAUCGGGUAUGACGGACACUGAGGCGGAUCUGUCCAGUCUGAGCUCCAGACCGGCCAGUCGACAGGUGUCAUGUGACAUCAGCAGAGACACAGUCGAGAACGCCGACUUCAAACCCUCCUCCAGCUUCAAGAUUAAGAGCCACGACUCUGGGAUCUUUGAAAAGACAUCCUAUGACACUGACUUCUCUAUGGGAGGCCUGAGCGAGCGCAGCACCAUCCCCACUAAUGGUGAUUUUGCAGAUGUACCCGUAACAAGAAGAACCAUUGGUCGGAUCCCAAGCAUCCUCAUAACGACAGAAUCCUUUAUUCCCAUUGGACGAACCAGCUCACAAACUGCCAAAUCCAGGAGCCCCAAGAGCACUGGGUCUGGAUAGUGCUUCACUGUGCUCACACGUUUAC